GCGGGGAAUCCUGAGGUCAACACCUCGACAUUCCGAGGGGCAGUAGAGCGAAGGGCUUGUCCUCAAAGGCGGAGUCCCCAAGUGAGGGCUUCCUCUGGACCCUCCGGGACAGAACAACCUGCGUUCCGGAUUAGAGCUGGCUGCGUCCAGGUCGGGUGGCCCCCGCCUGUCAGGCUUCAGGCCAAGCCCUGAAUGGCUGGUCUCCAGUUGGCUCCUCAACUGUCUGUGGGCGUUAUGUUCCCACAUAAUAAAACAGCUGCUCCAGGGCUCCACUCAGCCAAGCAAGACCCUUAUGAACAAGGUGACUCUUCCCAGCAGUCCUCGAUGGGGCACUUGAAGAGUUUUCAGAAGAAGCCCUUGAGCAAGAAGGAGCUGGCACUGGAUAAUGUCUACACUCACCCCAAAUGGAACACCUGCGCAAAAGCCGAGAGCUACUUCCAUUCCCACUGUGCUGGAAUCAGCCAGCGAAACUCGGGAAGUAAUCCCCAGAGCCAAGGAAAGGGCUUCUUGUACUCUUCAAGCCCUCAGCCCGGGUAUCCCAAAGCAAAUGACCAAGAAUUCAUCCCCUUUACAAAGAAGCGAGUUGGGGUGGACCGGGCCUACCCCUUGAAGCCCAUGGUUCACCGGAAGUCUUGUAGUACAGGGGAGGCUGGCAGUUACAGAGACCAGAAUGUCUACCCAAGACCCCCUGAGCCAAGAGAAUUUUCAGACAGCAACUUUGGUUUGAGGAGUUGGGUGAAUUCAUCAGUUCUGGUUUCCAUGCAGGCGGAGCCCAUGGCAAACAUCCACAGGACCCACUGGAUGCAUCUCCAAAGACUAGAAGCUGCAGGGGAGAGCUUAGAGGAGGAAAUCCGAAGAAAGGAGAGUCUCCUGAGGGAAAAGCUGAAGAAGACAGAGGAAGAACUCAGAAGGAUCCAGAGGGAACAAGAACAGGCCAAAGAAAAUGAAGAGCGAGAGCUUCAGAGAAUAAUACAACUCAGAAGAGUUAAAGGCAGUAACACCACCACCACUACAUACAAGCCUGUCUUUUCCCUAGAAUUUGAGACUGAAGAGGUGUUCAGUAGAGACAGGAGAGAGGAUGAAACUUGUGGACAGCCUCAGGAAAAUUCUAAUUCAAUCCAGCUCUCUGAUUAUGGAAUCCAGAAGCUCAAAAAGGAAAGGCUAGUGGCAAGCAAUAACAAAAUCCGAGAUCAAGCCUCAGGGCCAUUGGUGGAAAAGUUCUUUCAGCCUUCAGAAGAAGCAGGCAGUAAUUUGCAGGGAUCCACCAGAAGUUCUAGCUUGUCCAGAGCGCCAGAGUCCUUGGAUUCCAGUGGCUCCACUGAGGAGCCAGAGCUGGGCAAGUGCAGCCACUGUGGGCGCACAUUUCUCUUGCGCAGGCUGGCGAGACACUCCACCAUCUGCAGCAAGAUGCAAGGUUCCAAGAGGAAAGUGUUUAACUCCUCCAGAGCCCGGGCGAAGGGCACAGAACUAGAGCAGUACUUGAACUGGAAUGGGCCAGCCACAGUCAAGGCUGAACCUCCUCAGAAGAACAACUGGAGGCAGAAACAUGAAUCUUUCAUCCGUACCCUCCGUCAGGCACGAGAGAUCCAGCAGGUCAUUACCAAAGGUGGAAACCCCUCAGACUUGCCUCCCAUCCAACCUGCAGAAAACCCAGACUGUUCAGUGUUCUCACUGUAGCCGUCACUUUGCUCCCAAGGUAGCUGAGCGACACAUUCCCAAGUGUAAGACCAUCAGGAGCCGUCCUCCGCCUCCAAGAAAGCACCAUAGUUGAGCAGACAAUAGUGGAAACCUCCUCAGUUUAGAAGGCUCUGCUUCUCUGCAAUAAAUAGGACUAGAAUAUUUUGAUAUAAAGCAGAGAAAAAUACUCCUGAAACUUUUACAUUACACAACUUUGCUAAAAUCAGGGAGGACGGAGCUAUUGCUAAGCAGCAGGAGGCAGAAGGAAGCCCAGCUUCCCACUAAAUUACAACCUCAGCUGGUGUUUCUCAUGUUCACUGAUGGGUGGAGACACUGGAUAGUGAACAGGCUACAUUAAAGCUCUUUCUCACAAGCCUGAAUCUGGUUUGUGCUAGUGAAGUGUCUGCAUUUGGUUAUUUUUCUGGUCACUGCGUGUGUCCAGUGUUUCUAUUAACCCUUCAUGCUCUUGUAAGAAAUAGAAUUGGGGUGAUUUGGGGUCAGAGGACUGUGGUUAGCCAGAUGGUAAUUCUUAAAAAGAUAUGAUUUUGCUUUUAGGCAUUAUUAAUGAAAGAGUGUUCUUGGCCUCCAUGAGGCAUGGGCCUGGCCAAAUGCCAAUAAAAGUAUAUAAUGUUAGGACACCCACACAUCCUAAACCUUCCCUGUGGUGUACCGUGUAAUAAAGGCAACAUCUUUAUGUACUUUGCAGGGCUGGAUGGAGGGAAACGUAUUAUACUUCUACUUCUUUUCUAAUGAGUUUCAUAUGCUGAAGAAGGACGAAGCUGCUAGCUCUCUGCUUUCAAAUCAUGCUGGCUGAAUGACUUUUUAAAUGAGGCAGUGAGGCAGCAAAUGUACCAUCAAAGCA